AUGUCAACAGCAGCAUCAAGAUCCCUUCGGCUUGGCCUCAGAAAAUUUGCCCCUGACACUAGAUUCGGCUUGAGAAAUGUCACCAGCACAAGUUUCGUUCACGUUCCAACGAACUCUGUCUUAGAAAAUUCAAGUAUGAUUUCAUCACAUGAAUUGCGUCUUCAGAAGUCCAAUCAACAGCCCAAAGUCACCUACAGAUCUUUCUCCACCUCCGAUCUAUCCGACAAAAUUUCUUCAAUCGUCAGUGAAAACAAGGUCGUUGUGUUUUCCAAGACUUACUGCCCCUUCUGUUCAGCAACGAAGCAGCUUUUUAAAGGAAUGGGUGUUGAUGCAGAAGUCAUUGAAUUGGACGAAAUGGCCAAUGGAGGUGCAAUGCAAGCUGCCCUGACGAAGCUCUCUGGGCAGCGAACCGUCCCUAAUGUGUUCAUCAAUGGGGAACAUCUAGGAGGAAAUGAUGAUACCCAAGCUGCAAAACGAUCCGGAAAGUUGGAAGCAAUGUUGAAAUAA